AUGUCUCCGGUAACCAAAAAAUUUCUAUUGCUAUGUGUGUUGGCGGUUCUAUCAGUGAACAAUGUGCUUGGAAAAGUGCAUGUGAAAAUUACAAACUCUUUAACAAAUAAAUUGGAUUUAACCAUUCAUUGCAAAUCUGAAGAUGAUGAUUUGGGUGUGCAUCUUCUUCAUCCUAAUGAAAGUUUUAGUUUUCAGUUUAAACGUAAAUUUUUUGGAGGAACAUUAUUCUAUUGUUCAUUUCAAUGGAAUAAUGAACUUUAUCGGUUUGAUAUAUACAAACAAACAAGAGAUGUUCAGGCAGGUGAUGAUUUCAAUUGGUCUAUAAAAGAAUCCGGACCAUGUGUGACUAUUGUAUACUCGACUCAACCUUUUUGCCAUCCUUGGAAUCCAAAAUUCUUAAUGUAA